UUUUUUAAAUUUUAGUUUAUUUUAUUAAAUUGAAACUAGGGUAAAUUGGCAAAUAUCGAGCAGUUUAGUGAACGUUUGCUGCAAACAUUAUGAAAUCUGAACAAACGGCUUUCAGGAAAAUACCGAUCUUAAUUUGAGCACCUAAUUGUUUUAUCCAGUGAUAUUUUCGUACACGAGAACGAAAACGAGAACGAAAAAAAAAGCCUUUCAUUUACGAAAACGAAAACUAAAACGAAAUUUAUUUUAAGAACGAGAACAGAAUAAAAACGAUAAUUUUAAAUUUUCGAACGGAAUUGAAAAUUAUUUUAAAACAAAAUAUUUUCGUUCUAGAUUUGAAACGAGUUGAAUUAUUUGAUAUAUAUAAUUAUUAUAUUACAAUACAUUAUAAUGAUAUAUUAUUCGAACUUAAUUGAAUUUUAUUCAAUUAAGUUCGAAUAAGUUUAGUUAUGAUAUAGUUCGAAUAUAUUUAUUCAAAUAUAUUUUUUCGAACUAAAAAAAAUCAAACUGUAAGACCAACACAACUACGCGAUGAGUUUGAGUAAACUUUUUGCUGGUAGGAAGAGGAAUAGUUCAGUAUGGAAAUGGUUUAAAUACGAUGCGUCAUCCGACAAAUCAGUAUGUUUAGUUUUACUUGAUGGUGAAAAAGUAUGCAAUACAAAGUUGUGUGGAAAGAACCCAACAAAUCUUAAACUACAUUUAGCAAGAAACCAUAAGUCUGUACACGUUGAGCUGGAAGAGUCGGAAUUAAAGAAAUUAAGUGAAAAAAAGCAAACAGGGAUAAAGAGAAAAGCAGUGGAUGAAAAUGGACCCACUCUUUUAGAAUCGUCCUCAAAUCAGAACCAGACCUUGAUUCAAUGCAUUAAUCGUAGGAAUACCGCAUGGCCUAUUAAUUCACACGAGCAUAAAAUUCGACUAAACUCUCUUAUUCAAAUGAUAAUUGCAACAUGUAAUCCAGUGACAUUGGUGGAUAAUGCGAGUUUUAGAAAGUUAGUUAAUACCUUGGAUUAUAAAUUUUCAUUGCCUGCUUCUGCCAAAAUUACUAGCCUACUUAAUGAAGAAUUUUGACUGUUUUAACGAGAAAACUUUUUAACGUUUUAACGAGAAAACUCUGCCAAAAUUACUAGCCUACUUAAUGAAGAAUUUUAACUGUUUUAACGAGAAAACUUCGUGACUUCAUAUCUGAAGGCAGGCGCUUCACUAUAUGCCUUGAUGGCUGGACUAAAAAAGGUCUUACUGCGUCCUUUUUAGGAAUUUCGGUUUGUUUUUUUCACUUUAAAUCCGAAAAACCAAUACAUGCUCUGCUUAAUUUGUAUCUUGUGAAACAUCCACAUACAGGUGAACAAAUUGCUAAUUGUUUUGAAAAAUGCCUAAAAUAUUGGAAUAUUUCCAGAGAAAAAAUAUUGCUUGUUAUUUCGGACAAUGGAGCAAACAUGGUCAAAGGCAUAAAGUUGUCGAGAAUGAAAGCUCAAGCUGAACGUGAUAUACUUAUUGAAUUAGAAAGUGAGGUUAAUGAAGAGCAGAUAACAGAUCUGGAAGACGAUGAGAAUAUGACAAAUAGUGAAGAGUGGGAACAUGUUGACUUGAUAGUUGAUGUAAUAGAAAACGUAGCAUUUAGAAGAUUGGGAUGCAUUGCACAUGUUAUACAGCUAGUUGUAAAACUUGCAUAUGAUGGUAAAUAUCAUGGCUUACUUUUGAAGGUACGUGGAUUAGUGGGAAAAAUUCGCAAAUCUUUUGUUGCAUUGGAAAAAAUUAUCAACAAAUGUGGUAAGACUGUGAUCAGCGACUGUUCUACAAGAUGGAACAGCACUUACUUUAUGGUUCGGAGAUUUCUGGAAAUAAAGACAUCUAUCAACGAAGUGCUUGGAGACCUUAACAUUGAUUCACUUGCCAAUAGCGAAUGGAUAAUGCUUCAGGAUUUUGUCAAUCUUUUAGAACCUUUUGCCAAUGAAACUGAUAUUCUUCAGACGGAUGCACUUUCACUAUCCAGUGUUAUACCUUCAAUACUUAAUUUAGAAUGUCACCUUGAGCAAUUUGGAGAUGCCAAAGAUGUAGCAGUUAAAAUGCUUGAAGAUCUACGCCGUCGUUUUGCCGUUCUUUUGCAGCCAAACGAUCCUAAUUUUAAUCCACUGCCAUGUGCCGCAUGUCUACUUGACCCCACAUGUGCAAUAGCUCUUUUAGGUAAUGAGCAUACACAAAUCAGAGAGUGUGCAAAGAAAUACAUUUUGUCAGAGGCUAAAAAAUCGGUGCAACUUGAUUUACUUUUAGCAAGUGCAUCUACUCUUUCUGUUGAGAUUGCUCCAGAAAUAAAUGGAUUAACAAAAUGGAAAUUUUUAGUGGCAAAACAGCGAGUAGAAAAAAUAAAGCUUAUUCCAGGUAAUGAAGCACAAAAUGAACUCAACAAAUAUUUUAUUGAAAUAAGGAACUGCUCUAUGUGCCAAAAUGCUUUAAAUUUCUGGAAGAUGAGACGUGCUGUUUACCCACAUAUUGCACCAUUAGCUGAAGACCUCAUUGCAGCUCCUGCAACUCAAGCAUAUGUUGAAAGACUUUUUUCUAUCUGUGGCUUGCUCACAAAUGGACGGAGAAAUCGAAUGUCAGCGUCAUUGGAAAUGCGAGUUUUCUUAAAACUAAAUUCUCAUCUAGUCUAGAUGAUAAUCAUAUAAUCACUAGGCCCUUUAUUUGUAAAAUAUAUGAGUAAUUAUUAAAAUCUAUACAAUAACUAUUCAUUAGUUUUUAUUGUUACCAAAUUUGAGGAGUUUUUUUUAUACCUAAUAAUUGAAAUUUUUUUAAGUUUUAGAGCAAUAAGGACAGGUUGUUGUUGUGUUUUUUAUUAAGGGCGGUGGGCGGGGCUCUAAACUUCUAGCCAUGGGACUGGGUGUAUUACAUUUAAUUAAGUUCUCAUUUUUUUGUUUGUUUAUAGAACUAAGACUUACUUCUUUUAAUUAUAUAUGCCUAUAUUAUUUAUAAAUUAUACUAAAUUAUAAUUAGAUGAGAUAAAAAA